GUGAUUUUUAUUAUAUGCGAGUAAUAAUAAAUAAAGUAUAAAUUAUAAUAAUACCAAAGAGAAAAGAAAACAAAGAUGGUCCGGAGCGUUUAGCCCGGGCCGCACCACCACUACACGAACCUUGCCACCGUGGCUCCGAUCUUAGGGUUCCAUUGGUAACGAAUCUCAGAUUUCGUGAUCCUCAAUCCGGGUGAGCUUGUUUUGGCUCUGAAAUGGGUUCGAAGCCAUGGCUUCACCCGGCUCCAACCUAUCGUCCUUUGGAGACCUACUGGGAUACAGAUGAAGAUGCUCCUGGUCCCCGAUGCGGCCAUACCUUAACGGCUGUUGCUGCAACCAACUCUCAUGGACCUCGUCUCAUUCUAUUCGGUGGCGCUACCGCAAUUGAGGGCGGCGGUUCUUCUUCCGCCCCUGGCAUCAGAUUGGCGGGAGUCACCAAUUCAGUUCAUUCUUACGACGUUCUCACUAGGAAAUGGACCAGAAUACGACCAGCCGGAGAACCACCAUCUCCUAGGGCUGCGCAUGCGGCAGCUGCAGUUGGUACUAUGGUUGUCUUUCAGGGCGGGAUAGGUCCUGCUGGGCAUUCUACGGAUGAUCUCUAUGUGCUGGACUUGACCAAUGAUAAAUUCAAGUGGCACCGAGUGGUUGUACAAGGACAGGGUCCUGGGCCUCGCUAUGGUCAUGUGAUGGAUUUGGUUGCCCAACGGUUUCUUGUUACUGUCAGCGGCAAUGAUGGGAAAAGAGUUCUUUCUGAUGCAUGGGCAUUGGAUACUGCCCAGAAGCCAUAUGCAUGGCAGCGGCUAAAUCCCGAAGGUGAUAGACCUUCGGCUCGAAUGUAUGCAACAGCUAGUGCCCGUUCAGAUGGCAUGUUUUUGCUUUGUGGUGGAAGAGACUCCUCUGGCAUGGCACUUGGAGAUGCUUAUGGGCUUCUAAUGCAUAGGAAUGGUCAGUGGGAGUGGACUCUUGCUCCUGGAGUUUCUCCUUCACCGAGGUAUCAGCAUGCUGCGGUUUUUGUUGGUGCACGAUUGCAUGUUUCAGGAGGCGCUUUGAAGGGGGGACGUGCAGUAGAAAGUGAAGCAGCUGUUGCAGUGCUGGACACUGCCGCUGGUGUUUGGUUGGAUAAAAAUGGGCUUGUAACUUCAUCAAAAACCAGCAAGGGACACACUGAACAUGACCCUUCUUUGGAGCUAAUGCGUCGUUGUCGCCACGCAUCUGCUUCUGUUGGUGUUCGAAUAUAUGUUUAUGGUGGUCUAAGAGGAGAUGUGCUACUGGAUGAUUUUUUAGUUGCGGAAAAUUCACCAUUCCAGUCAGACAUGAAUUCUCCUGUAUUAACAUCUGAGAGAGCCUCAACUAUAACAAGUCCCAGAUUGAAUCAUUCUAAUUUAAAUCCUUAUGAAACAAUGUCAGAUGGUGGGUUGGAGAUCCCUUCAUCUGGUUCUAUCAGUUUUAUGGACAAAAAUUCUAUGGAGAAACUUAGGGAGGCUUCUGCUGCUGAAGCUCAGGCCGCUAGUGCUGUCUGGCAAGCUGCUCAGGCAGCAACUACCUAUUCUGCUGAAGUGACAUCUGUGUCUGAUGACAAUUCACAAGCUGCAGAAGCUACUUCAGAUGGUAGUGACACUGAGGCUGAUGUUCGCCUGCAUCCAAGAGCUGUUGUGGUAGCUAAAGAGGCUGUGGGGAAUCUCGGUGGGAUGGUGAGGCAAUUGUCACUAGAUCAAUUUGAAAAUGAAAGCAGACGAAUGGUUCCUGUGAACAACGACACACCCUAUGCAGCCAGAAAGUUCACCAGGCAAAAGUCUCCUCAGGGCUUGCAUAAGAAGAUUAUUUCUACAUUGCUUAGGCCUCGGAACUGGAAGGCUCCUGUGAAUAGGAGGUUUUUCUUGGAUUCCUAUGAAGUUGGCGAGCUUUGCUAUGCUGCCGAACAGAUUUUUAUGCAUGAGCCAACAGUUCUUCAAUUGAAAGCUCCAGUUAAAGUUUUUGGUGAUCUUCAUGGACAGUUUGGUGAUUUGAUGCGUCUAUUCGAUGAAUAUGGAUUUCCAUCCACUGCAGGAGACAUCACUUACAUUGACUAUUUGUUCUUGGGAGACUACGUUGAUCGAGGACAGCACAGUUUAGAGACUAUAACUUUGCUUCUUGCUCUUAAGAUUGAAUAUCCUGAGAAUGUUCAUUUGAUACGUGGAAACCAUGAAGCUGCUGACAUAAAUGCACUGUUUGGAUUUCGUAUCGAGUGCAUUGAGAGAAUGGGAGAGAGUGAUGGGAUAUGGGCAUGGACUCGUUUCAAUCAACUUUUCAACUUUCUUCCACUUGCUGCACUUAUUGAGAAGAAAAUUAUUUGUAUGCAUGGUGGCAUUGGGAGAUCUAUUCAUUCGGUGGAGCAGAUAGAGAAGAUUGAAAGGCCCAUAACGAUGGAUGCUGGAUCUAUAAUUCUAAUGGAUCUUUUAUGGUCUGAUCCGACAGAAAAUGAUAGCAUAGAAGGUUUGAGACCAAAUGCUAGAGGCCCUGGUCUUGUCACUUUUGGGCCUGACCGCGUGACGGACUUCUGUAAGAAAAAUAAGUUACAGCUGAUCAUAAGGGCACAUGAAUGCGUUAUGGAUGGGUUUGAACGGUUUGCACAAGGUCAAUUGAUUACGCUCUUUUCUGCAACUAACUAUUGCGGGACUGCGAACAAUGCUGGAGCUAUACUAGUGGUUGGCAGGGGUUUGGUUGUGGUUCCAAAGUUGAUUCAUCCCUUGCCACCUCCACUUCAGUCGCCAGAGACAUCUCCAGAGCGCGUCAUGGAUGAUACAUGGAUGCAGGAGCUCAACAUACAAAGACCGCCCACCCCAACUCGGGGUCGCCCGCAACCCGACCUUGACAGGAGCUCACUGGCUUAUAUAUGAUGUGACUACACCUGCAUUUGUAAUUAGCCAGAUUCAGAUGUUUGCCAGGAUGAUGCUCAACGUCUAUUACUUCAAGCAAAAUAAUUUCCACUCUGCAUAGAUUUGGUGCUUGUGUUGUACUUUUAGGUGUAAAAGUGCAAAAGAUGAAAAAGAAAAAUGCAUUUUUAUAGUGUACACAGCUUGAGAAUGAUAGUAGGUUUUUGCAGUGUAACAUAUUGUACAAUUAGUACGAGGAAGGAUAGCUUUGUAUUUCUUCUGCUGUUGAUAAUUGAUACGGAGGGAAGUUGGGUUAGUUUUGUGCAUUGUAAUUUGUAAUAGACGGUAAUGAGAGGCAUUUAUUCUUGUAUUAAGUUAAUUGAACAUUUAUUCUUGUAUUAAGUUAAUUGAAUUUUGAUGAGUAA